CUAGGACCUGGGUGAGCUUUGCGCUUGCGAGCGCCCGCAAUCCAGCGUAGGCAGCCCCGUCCCGCCCCGCGGAGCCCCGGCGCCCGCGGAAGCCCCGCUCGCCGCCACCGCGCCCCCGGCGCCCAAAGGCGCGCCGGCCCGCGGCCGUGCGAAGGGCGAGGCAGCCCCGAAGCCGCCGCCGCGUGUUCCCGGCGCCCGAAGGCGCGGUCCGCAGCCGCGCGAAGGGCAAGGCAGCCCCGAAGCCGCCGCCGCGUGUUCCCGGCGCCCGAAGGCGCGCGGGCCCGCAGCCGCGCGAAGGGCGAGGCAGCCCCGAGGCGUCGGUGGUGCCACACCCAUACUAAUAAACGGCAUGUACGCCCGCGAGUUCGUCCCGGGCCAGGGCCUCUGGGGCGACGCGCCCAAGAACGAGGACGCGCCUGCGCCUGCUUUACCGCCGGGCGUGGCGGGCGGCGCCUUCUCGAGCUUCCCCCCGCCCAAGGACGCGCCCGGCCCCGACAAGGAGUGGAAGCCCUCGGCCGACCCGACGCUCGCCGUCGGCGGCCCGCCGCCCAUGGGCAGUCAACCGAACCAAUGGAUCGGCCCCAACCAGGUGCCCGACGCCCAAGCCUUGGGCCCGGGGCCGCCGCCGGGCGGCGCGGGCUGCGUCCUGUUCUGGGAUUUAGCUGGGUGCCGGCCGGGCGGCACGGACGCGGGCAAGGGCGUGAAACAAUCUGUUAGAUCGUUGUACGGCGACGUGAGAAGUGCGCGGGCCUAUGGGGACGUUGCGGCGCUGCCGGCCAUCACGAGAGCCGGCCUCCAAGCUGCUGGUGUGCUAUUGAUCGACACGGGCCCGGCGGGCAUGACGGACCGCUCGCCUAUUAUUGUCGACCUCUUCGACUACGCUUUAGAUCAUGCCACGAACCGCAAGGACGAGAAGGCUCCGAUCUUAGUCGUUGCUCUAGGCGGCGCGCCCCGGGAGCAGUUCGGUUUAGCCUUCGCGCGCCUGGCGGAGCGGGGCUUCAAGCUCGCGUUGAUAAGACCGCGCGACUCGCCGUGCGCGAGGUACGACGGCGGCUGCAUCGGCGUCCACGACUGGGCCUCCGUAAGACCGGGCGACGAUAAUGAUAUCGUCGCCAUGUGCUUCAAGUGCGGCUGGCGCAACUGCCGGAGGGUCCACCCGCGGCGCUGCUCUGCUUUAGUUUGUUGCGCGUUGUGCGGCCAGACGUCGCACGACACGCGCUACCACACGGAGUUCCAGCAGUACGUCUCUCGAAGAGCGAAUGAGACGACGCAGCGCCAGGUCGAGGCCGCCGCGGCCCAAGGUUUGACCAUUCCGCACUACAACGCGCCGCGCCUCACGGCCAUCCCGCCGGCGUUCCCGAACCAGUACCCCGGGCAGAUGCCGUCGCCGGGUCUAGCUGCUUUACAGCACGCCAUGCGCCAGCAGGGCGGGCCGCCGCCGCCGCGGCCGCCCUACCCCGGCCAGCCCGGCAGCCCGCCGCGGCCCUUCGCGCCGAUGAACGCGAUGGGCGCGAUGAUGGGGACCCUCGACCUCUCGGGCGGCGCGCCGCCCUGGCAGCCCGGCGCGCCGCCGCCCGUGCCGCCGCUGUCGCCGCCGGCCCUGCUGCAGCCCCAGGCCUUCCCGCCGGCGCCCUCGGCGCCGCCGCCGGCCGUGCCGCCGCCCGCGCCGGCGGCCGCGCCGCCGCCCGCGGAGAAGCCGGUCCCCGCGCCCAAGGAGCCGCCCACGACGGUGUCGCCGCCGACGCCGCCGCCGCCGGGCUUGGAACCGCCGCCCGCGGAGCCGGCCGAGGACCCCGUCGACCUGAGCCGCCUCCACUACGGCGUCGAGGACUACGUCAAGAUGGGCGUGCCCGAGGAGGACGCGCGCGCCAUCCUGCGCGCCGUCAACAAGCUCGCCAAGGACCGCGACGCGGCCCAGGGCCCGCCCGAUGCUGCUCCCGCCGCCGACGCCGCGGCGGCCGUCUGAAUUUUUCAGAACCAAUUCCCUUCCCCUUCGAAUGACAUCCCCCGCUGAGACCCCAAGCUCUCUACGUGCUGAUGCCGCGCCCCCGCCCCGAGCUCACCGACGGGCGGCGGCGCGGCGCCGACCUACCACGGCGCCUUUCGGCAACCAUCGCAAUCCCCCUUUUUGGAAAAAAACAUCCCCGACCAACGACCACCCCGCAACAGCUGCCUAUCCAGAGAGUUGUAUAGUGCAAAUAAGAUCAUUGUGGUUUUCUAAACUUGAGAGGAAUUUACACAG